AUGGAGAAUAUCUGUACGCGUAACGUUUCACAGUCGAACCACUCGGGAGGUAAAUCUCUCGCACUGCUAUCCACAAAGCUGGCGAAGCUUAAACAAUCUAUAAGUGAUAGGCAAAAAUGCUAUGAAGAAGAAGAGUUUCAGUUUCAACAAAUAAAAGAAAAAUUAUGUCAAGAAAAAGAACACAUUACAAGACAGUUAGCUAUUGUUAAUCAAAGAUGCGCAGAAAUCACUGAUAGCAUCACGCACACGUUAAAAUCUUCAGACAUCGCCUUAUUGCAGGAGGAGUUGCAACGCCUCUCUAAUACAGAACUUGGUCUGCAGGUUUUAAAGCUUCGAGUAGAAGAAGAAAUCUGCUCCUUGAGGGAGCGCAUUGUACAACUAUUUCGUAGAAAUAACUCUACUGAUUGA